CUGGCUUGUCUUGAUUAAGGUGGAGCUAGUGUGUUUACGGGUCCAGUGAAGGCAUUUUGAUUCCUGACGGGUAAUAAAUUGGGUUUCGGGUGAAUGCGCAAACACGGGUCUCAUAGGCUGUGAGACUGGGUCGUUCAUGAUGAGUGGUCAGUGAUCUUGGCAAGAUUGGGUGAGACUCAUAUGAGGGCAAGCCUGGCAUCGGGCUAAAGAUGCAAGAGUAGGAAGGGAAAAGAGUAUCUCGUGUAUUGAUGAAGACUUAGGUUCUCUUGAGUGAGUAAACUUCAAAUAGAAUAAUUAACAACAUAUUAUCAACUCUAAAUUAUUUGUAGUUCUAUCGUUUUUUUUUUUAUGUGGUGACUGUUUUUUAUGAAUAAGAAGGUGUGAGAGCACGAAUCACAGAACACAAUGAUAACGCAUCUGUUUUUUUUUAUGGUGAUAAUGAAUAAUGCAUCUGUUUUUUUUAUGUGGUGGCUUUUUUUUAUGAAUAAGAAGGUGUGAGAGCAGUCAGCGCACCAUCACAGAACACUUAGUAAGUUAAUACGGUGAUAAUGAACAAUGAUAAUGCAUAUGUCUUUUUUUUUAUGUGGUGGCUGUUUUUAUUGAUUUUUUUUUGUUAUGUUACUGUUAGAUGUCUAGUAGUACACAACCAAUGUCAUCAACACCUCAUGGUUCAACUACUUCUCCAUUCAUAGUAGAAGAGUUUUAUGUCAAUGACGAUGAUCGUGUGCCAUAUGUGAAUUUGGAAAAUGAGGAGGAAGAAAGUGAAGCACCCCUUUCAAAUGCAACUGGAAAUGAGUUGGAGCCUCAAAAUGAAAGUCAACCAUCAAAGAGAAAGAGAGCAAAAAGUAUCUGAGGUUUGGAAAGACAUGGAACCGGUUAUAAAUAUGAAAACCAAGUGUAAGCAUUGUCAUCAAGUGUUAAGUGCUUCAGGUACAACUACUCACUUAAAGCGGCAUCUUGAAAGUUGUUUGAAAAAAAAAUGAAUCAAAGACAACAAAAUAUGCUUAAUUUUUUGCCUUCGAAUCUAAAUGACGGUGAUCCUAGUUUUAAGUUUGUUAGCGCUUUACAUGAUGAAAAGUUUGAUAUGAUGGUAAUGAGGGAAGGGAUAGCACAUUGGAUUUUGAUGCAUGAACAUGCGUUUUCCAUUGUUGAAGAAGAAGGGUUUAAUUUAAUGUUAAAAAGGGGAAUUCCACAAUGGACUAGUGUGUCACGUUACACUAUAAGAACUGAUUCUUUUAAAGUUUAUGAGGCGGAAAAAAAGAAAUUGAAGGAUUUGCUAAACAAUGUGGAGAAAAUUUCUCUAACUACUGAUUUAUGGCGUUCCAAACCUCAAAAAAUUAAGUAUAUGGUUCUUACGGCUCACUUUGUUGAUAAAAAUUGGAAGUUGCAAAAGCGAGUUCUCAACUUUGUCCAUAUUCCUCCUCCUCGAAAAGGCAAGGACAUAGCCAAUUGCAUUUUUAAAUGUCUAAAGGAGUGGGAUAUUGAGAGCAAAGUUUUCACGGUUUCGUUGGAUAAUGCUUCGGCAAAUGAUUCUUGCAUAAAUAUUAUAAAAGAUACUUUCUCACUAACAAAGCGGUUGAUUUGUGGUGGGAAAUUGUUCCACGUCCGUUGUUGUGCACACAUUUUGAACAUCAUGGUUCAACAUGGCCUUAAGCAAGUUAAAACCAUUGUUAAAAAUGUGCAUGACACCGUUGAUUAUCUUAAUGGAAGUGAACAUCGUUUAAAGAAGUUUGCCGAGAUUGUCCAACAAUUCAACUUGAAAGAAAGAAGAUUGAUUCUUGAAUGUAAGACAAGAUGGAAUUCGACUUUUGAUAUGUUAGUUUGUGCUCUCAAGUUUAAAGAGGUAUUUUCUAGACUUGCUUUAGAAGAUAGUGAUUAUGUUUUUUGUCCAAGUGUUGAUGAUUGGGAUAAAAUUGAGAAGUUGGUUGAUAUCUUGGAAGUAUUUUAUGAAGCUACUAUGAUUAUUUCGGGAUCGGAGUACCCAACUUCUAAUUUGUUUCUUGGGGAGGUUUAUAGAGUCAAAAGGAUGUUGUAUAGUAAGUGCGAUUCUAGUGAUGUCUUUGUCAAAGAAAUGGUGAAAAACAUAAAAGAAAGGUUUGAUAAGUAUUGGGGUGAAUGUAAUUUGUUGAUGUCUAUAGCUGUUGUGUUGGACCCUCAAAUUAAAUUGCAAAGUCUUGAAAUAGUUUUCCCAACAAUGUUUUCGGCCGAUGUUGCUAGGGAGAACAUUCAUAAAGUUAAAUCAACUUUGUAUGAGCUUUAUGAUGAAUAUGUUCAUUUGUAUUCUUAUUCAACUACUCGUCAAUGUGGAAGUACAACUAGUGCUAGUGAUGGUGUUGGUGUUAGUAUUGGUGGUGGGAAGAGGAAAACAGGAAUGUUUGAGCUAAUACAAGUUGCAAGGUCUCAAGACAUACCCGGGGUUAGAAAAUCAGAAACUGAGUCAUAUCUUGAGCAACGGUGCUUUGUUGUGGGGUCUGAGGAUCAUGGUGCUUCGUUUGACAUCUUGGGAUGGUGGAAAGAUAGAACUAGCGAAUUUCCUAUUUUAUCUAGAUUGGCAGCUGAUAUUUUAGCCGUUCCCAUUACUACCGUAGCAUCUGAGACUACAUUUAAUGCCGGUAGUCGAGUGAUUGACCCUUAUAGGUCUUCCUUGAGUCCUGAAACCGUACAAAUGUUAAUUUGCACCGGAGAUUGGUGUAGAUCACUUCAUGGGGUGAACAGAAAAAAUAAGGACAAGGCGGAACAACCUAAGGAAAUUAUUAUUCCUAUCGAAUAG